CACGCCACAACAGCUAUUAUCAUGCAAACGAUCUAUUCGUAAAUACUUCUGAAAAAGACUGGCAAACUUUCCUUUGACCAAUAUUUGCUGAGGGAUUAAAGAUCGAUAGCGCGCCCCUCCCUUAGUCCACGAAGCUAAGACUUGGAGCCCAGUUAGGCCUACUGUAGUGCCCCGAGAGACAACGGUUGUCUCAAUCAUCAUGGGUAGAAUGUACACGUCUGUAACGUUCCUCGUGCUCGCACUGAGCGUGUUCUUGGCGCUAACGGCGGCCCAAGAUGCGCCCACUGUCACCAUCCAACAAGGCGUUCUGGUCGGCACCACCGAGACUUUUCAGGAAUCCCAAUUCAUCGGUGUGAACAAGACCAUUGAUGUCUUCAGGGGCAUACCAUUCGCUGAGCCGCCCGUGGGUGGGCUGCGGUUCAGGGCCCCGGUGGCUAAGGAGCCGUGGGUCGAUACGUACGACGCUUCGUACUUCAGAGAUGCCUGCGUGCAGGACCCUAGCCAGCUGUACGGUGCAACGAUGAGCGAAGAUUGCCUCCAUCUCAAUAUCUACGCACCAAAACCAGCUGUGCCAGGGGGCGCUGCUGUCAUGGUCUGGAUACACGGCGGUGGUUACGUCUCAGGGUCUGCCGUGCUAACAACUUAUUGGGGACAACCAUUGGCUGCCUCGGGUGACGUCAUUGUCGUCACCAUCAAUUAUCGUCUGAGCGCAUUUGGCUUUCUAACAACAGGUGAUGAGGCUUUACCAGGAAAUGUUGGGCUGAUGGAUCAAACUAUGGCAUUGAAGUGGAUCAAGGAAAACAUUGCAGCCUUUGGCGGUGAUAGCAACCGUAUUACUAUCUUCGGUGAGAGUGCAGGGGGAGCCAGCGUCAAUUUUCAUAUGUUGUCGGAACAUUCACGGGGCCUGUUCAACCGGGCCAUACUACAGAGUGGUACAGUGUUUUCACCAUGGGCGUUUUCCGAAGAGAAGGAGGCGCUUCGUAGUCUGGCGUUUAGGCUGGGAGAGAGACUUGGGUGUGUCACAUCCGAGAGCAUGGAACUUGUGAAUUGCCUGAGAGACAAGACCGCAACGGAUCUCUUCGGGGCAAUAGACCUGGCAAACUCCCUUUAUACGGUGGUGGUUGAUGGGAGCUUCCUCGUCGAUACACCGACCAGUUUGUACCUCACCGGUCGGUAUAAUCACGUGGAUGUACUCCUAGGCACGAACAAAGACGAAGGCACGGUGCUGUUCAGCGCCUUCAAUCCGGCCUACGCCAACUAUGCCACAUCACCGGUAGCCCCGACUUUGAACAGACGAGAAUUCGACGAGGUUAUCGCUAACGAACUCUCAAUUUUCAUGGCUGGAAACACAGAUCAACUUCAAGCCGCCAUCAAAAUGCGGUACAUCGACUGGUCCCAGGCCGACUACAUCGACCACGAUUUCUUCCCGUCGUACGUGGAGUACUCGACCGACGUCCAGUUCGCCUGUGGUACGGACGGAGUGGCGCGUGUCCAUUCCUAUGGGGGUGACAAUGUCUUCCUGUACCAGAUGACACACGCGCCCUCCGUGUCGCUUAUCAACCUGUCGACUGGGCUGAGGCAACCCUGGCUGGGAAGCACCCAUGGCGAGGAUAUUUCGUUUGUCUUUGGCUGUCCGUUCAUUCCGGAACUGUCGGCGCUGUAUGCCGAUUUCACGGAUGAAGAAAGAGCACUGGCCGUCCAGUUCAUGAAAUUCUGGACCACUUUUGCCAAGACUGGAAACCCGGGAACUUCCCAGUCUGGGCGCGAUUUCUGGCCCCGGUUUACUAUCCCGGAGUUGGGAUACAAGGAACUCAGCUUGAACCUGACCACAUCCAGGGCACUCAAGAGCGACAAGUGCCAUUUCUGGACCUCCUACGUGGUGCAGCUCAACACUAUGCUGGCCGAUUUGGAUGUCGCUGAGCGUGAAUGGAGGGAAGCUUUCCACACCUGGAAGUAUACCGACUUGGCCGACUGGAGAUACCAGUUCGCUGAGUAUAAAGCAAUCAACGCGAAGUGUUGCAUUGUGGAGUAUACUGUUUGUCAAGUGAUUAGUAACCGCCGCACCGUGUUUGACGACGACAAGCAUUUCAGAAACAUGACAGAUUCGUUCCUCGUUGUUGCAAAUGCAUUGCGAGUCAUCCUCGUAUUGAAUGUGUUCUUGGCCCAAACGGCGGCCCAAACGGCGGCCCAAGAUGCGCCCACCGUCACCGUCCAACAAGGCGUUCUGGUCGGCACCACCGAGACUUUUCAGGAAUCCCAAUUCAUCGGUGUGAACAAGACCAUUGAUGUCUUCAAGGGGAUACCAUUCGCUGAGCUGCCCGUGGGUCGGCUGCGGUUCGAGCCCCCGGUGGCUAAGGAGCCGUGGGUCGGUACGUACGACGCUACGUACUUCAGAGAUGCCUGCGUGCAGGACCCUCUACAAGCUUUCGGAAUGCCCAUGAGCGAAGACUGCCUUCAUCUGAAUAUUUACGCAACAAGGACAACGUUCCCAGAGGGCGCUGCCGUCAUGGUCUAUAUCCACAGUGGCAGUCUCAAUGGCGGAUCUGCAGUCCUCCCUGAUUUUAACGGCCUCCCAUUGGUUUCCGUGGGUGACGUCAUCCUUGUCACCAUCAACUAUCGUCUCAACGUCUUUGGGUUCCUAACAACAGGUGACGAAGCCUCGCCUGGUAAUGUUGGCCUGAAAGACCAGGUAAUGGCCUUGGAAUGGAUAAAACAGAACAUAGCAGCAUUUGGCGGUGAUAAGGAACGCAUCACGAUCUUUGGAGUGGGUUCUGGAGGUUUGAGCGUCAACUUACUGGUCCUGUCUCAACAGACUACAGGACUGUUCAGUCAGGCUAUAAUGCAGAGCGUCACCGCCCUCUCCCCGUCGUUUUACGAGGAUCAAGAGCUGCUGCGACAACAAGCGUUUCAGGUCGGGGAGAGAGUCGGCUGCAGAGUCUCGGAUAGUGUGGCGCUGCUAGACUGCCUACGAGAAAUAAACGCAACGGCUCUCAUUACUGCAGCACCUCAGUCAUUGUUCCGUUCCGCACCUGUGCUGGAUGGGACGUUUCUGGAUGACACACCGGCCAAUCUGUACGCCACCGGCCGGUAUAACCACGUCAAACUCCUCCUUGGGUCCAACAAGGACGAGGGCACAUUUAAUGUCUACCUCAGCCAACAGUUUGGCGAGUAUCGAACCAAAGAACAAGCACCUAUCAUCAACGAGGAGGCUUUCGAUCAACUUGUGACAGAAAAAUUUGUGAGAGAUUACGGUUAUUCCAACGAUCAGCUGACUGACGCUAUCAGAAUGCAGUACAUUGAUUGGUCGCAAGCUGAUAACGACUCUUACGAUUUCUUCCGAUCGUACGUUGACUUUGCUACCGAUUUCAGCUACGCAUGUCCAGUCGAUCAGGUUGCACGCUAUCACGCCCAAAGCGGCGACGAUGUCUACGUGUAUCAGAUGACGCACGUACCGAGCGUGUCCUACUGGAAUUACGGCGGGUUCGGCCCGGGCUGGUUACUGGCCGGACACGCUGAAGAUGUCCAGUUUGUCUUCGGUUUUCCGUUCAUUCCUGCCGCCACGGCUCUCAGGGGAGAACUCCAAGACGAUGAGAAGGCUCUGUCGGUCAAGUUCAUGGAAUUCUGGACCAAUUUCGCCAAUACUGGAAACCCUGGCGUGCAGACCCCGGGCUCCCCUCCGGACCCUCAGCGCGAUUUCUGGCCCCGGUUUACUAUCCCAGAGUUGGAGUACAAGGAACUCAGCUUGAACCUGACCUCAUCCAGGGCACUCAAGAGCGACAAGUGUCAUUUCUGGAACUCUUACAUGGUGCAGCUCAGGACCAUGCUGGCUGAUUUGGAUGUCGCUGAGCGUGAAUGGAGGGAAGCUUUUCACACCUGGAAGUACACCGACUUGGCCGACUGGAGAUACCAGUUCGCUGAGUAUAAAGCAAUCAACGCGAAGAUCUUUAUAAUACAUGUAUAUCCUUGUGAAGGUUGCAUCGUGGAGUAUACUGUUUGUCAAGUGAUUAGUAACCGCCGCACCGUGUUUGACGACGACAAGCAUUUGAGAAACAUGGCAGAUUCGUUCCUCGUUGUUGCAAAUGCAUUGCGAGUCAUCCUCGCAUUGAAUGUGUUCUUGGCCCAAACGGCGGCCCAAGAUGCGCCAACCGUCACCGUUCAACAAGGCGUUCUGGUCGGCACCACCGAGACUUUUCAGGAAUCCCAAUUCAUCGGUGUGAACAAGACCAUUGAUGUCUUCAAGGGGAUACCAUUCGCUGAGCCGCCCGUGGGUCGGCUGCGGUUCAGGGCCCCGGUGGCUAAGGAGCCGUGGGUCGGUACGUACGACGCUACGUACUUCAGAGAUGCCUGCGUGCAGGACCCUCUACAAACGUUCGGAAUGCCCAUGAGCGAAGACUGCCUUCAUCUGAAUCUUUAUGCAACAAGGACAACGUUCCCAGAGGGCGCUGCCGUCAUGGUCUAUGUCCACGGUGGCGGUCUCGUUGCCGGAUCUGCAGUCCUCCCUGAUUAUAACGGCCUCCCAUUGGUUUCCGUGGGUGACGUCAUCCUUGUCACCAUCAACUAUCGUCUCAACGUCUUUGGAUUCCUGACAACAGGUGACGAAGCCUCGCCUGGUAAUGUUGGCCUGAAGGACCAGGUAAUGGCCUUGGAAUGGAUAAAACAGAACAUAGCAGCAUUUGGCGGUGAUAAGGAACGCAUCACGAUCUUUGGAGUGAGUGCUGGAGGGUUGAGCGUCAGCUUGCUGGUCAUGUCUCAACAGACUACAGGACUGUUCAGUCAGGCUAUUUUACAGAGUGGUACCGCCCUCUCCCCGUUUGCGUUUUACGAGGAUCAAGAGCUGCUGCGACAACAAGCGUUUCAGGUCGGGGAGAGAGUCGGCUGCAGUGUCUCGGAUAGUGUGGCGCUGCUAGACUGCCUACGAGAAACAAACGCAACGGCUCUCUUUACUGCAGCACCUCAGUCAUCGUUCCGUUCCGUAGCAGUGCUGGAUGGGACGUUUCUGGAUGACACACCGGCCAAUCUGUACGCCACCAACCGGUAUAACCACGUCAAACUCCUCCUUGGGUCUAACAAGGACGAGGGCACAUUUAAUGUCUACCUUAGCCAACAGUUUGGCGAGUAUCGAACCAAAGAACAAGCACCUAUCAUCAACGAGGAGGCUUUCGAUCAACUUGUGACAGAAAAAUGUGUGAAUGAUUACGGUUAUUCCAACGACCAGCUGACUGACGCUAUCAAAAUGCAGUACAUUGAUUGGUCGCAAGCUGAUAACGACUCUUACGAUUUCUUCCGAUCGUACGUUGACUUUGCUACCGAUUCCAGCUACUCAUGUCCAGCCGAUCAGGUUGCACGCUAUCACGCCCAAAGCGGCGACGAUGUCUACGUGUAUCAGAUGACGCACGUACCGAGCGUGUCCUACCGGAAUUACGGCGGGUUCGGCCCGGGUUGGUUACUGGCCGGACACGCUGAAGAUGUCCAGUUUGUCUUCGGUUUCCCGUUCAUUCCUGCCGCCACGGCUCUCAGGGGAGAACUCCAAGACGAUGAGAAGGCUCUGUCGGUCAAGUUCAUGGAAUUUUGGACCAAUUUUGCCAAGAAUGGAAACCCUGGCGUGAAGGCACCGGGCUCCCCUCCGGACUCUCAGCGCGACUUCUGGCCCCGGUUUACCGUCCCGGAGCUGGGGUACAAGGAACUCAGCUUGAACCUGACCUCAUCCAGGGCACUCAAGAGCGACGAGUGUCAUUUCUGGAACUCCUACAUGAUUCAGCUCAACACUGUGCUCUCCGACAUUGAUGAUGCAGAACUUGAAUGGAGGCAAGCGUUCUACACCUGGAAGUACACGGACUUGGCUGAUUGGAGAAACCAGUUCGCCGAGUAUAAAGCAAUCAAUGUCAAUAUUUAUAGCACGAUUGUGUUGGUUCGCUGUUUACUUAAAAGAUCUUUACGAUAUAUCCUUUGUUGGAUUAAAUUGGGCUAUUCACAUGUUGAGGUUGCAUUGUCGAGUAUAUGGUCUGUAAACAGCCGCACCGUGUUUGACGACGACAAGCAUUUCAGAAACAUGGCAGAUUCGUUCCUCGUUGUUGCAAAUGCAUUGCGAGUCAUCCUCGUAUUGAAUGUGUUCUUGGCCCAAACGGCGGCCCAAGAUGCGCCCACCGUUACCGUCCAACAAGGCGUUCUGCUCGGCACCACCGAGACUUUUCAGGAAUCCCAAUUCAUCGGUGUGAACAAGACCAUUGAUGUCUUCAAGGGGAUACCAUUCGCUGAGCCGCCCGUGGGUCGGCUGCGGUUCGGGGCCCCGGUGGCUAAGGAGCCGUGGGUCGGUACGUACGACGCUACGUACUUCAGAGAUGCCUGCGUGCAGGACCCUCUACAAACGUUCGGAAUGUCCAUGAGCGAAGACUGCCUUCAUCUGAAUAUUUAUGCAACAAGGACAACGUUCCUAGAGGGCGCUGCCGUCAUGGUCUAUAUCCACGGUGGCGGUCUCAAUGCCGGAUCUGCAGUCCUCCCUGAUUAUAACGGCCUCCCACUGGUUUCCGUGGGUGACGUCAUCCUUGUCACCAUCAACUAUCGUCUCAACGUCUUUGGAUUCCUGACAACAGGUGACGAAGCCUCGCCUGGUAAUGUUGGCCUGAAGGACCAGGUAAUGGCCCUGGAAUGGAUAAAACAGAACAUAGCAGCAUUUGGCGGUGAUAAGGAACGCAUCACGAUCUUUGGAGAGAGCGCUGGGGCGUUUAGCGUCAGCUUACUGGUCCUGUCUCAACAGACUACAGGACUGUUCAGUCAGGCUAUCAUACAGAGCGGUACCGCCCUCUCCCCGUUUGCGUUUUACGAGGAUCAAGAGCUGCUGAGACAACAAGCGUUUCAGGUCGGGGAGAGAGUCGGCUGCAGUGUCUCGGAUAGUGUGGCGCUGCUGGACUGCCUACGAGAAACAAACGCAACGGCUCUCUUUACUGCAGCACCUCAGUCAUUGUUCCGUUCCGUACCUGUGCUGGAUGGGACGUUUCUGGAUGACACACCGGCCAAUCUGUACGCCACCGGCCGGUAUAACCACGUCAAACUCCUCCUUGGGUCCAACAAGGACGAGGGCACAUUUUAUGUCUACUUUAACCGACAGUUUGGCGAGUAUCUAACCAAAGAAGAACCACCUGUCAUCAACGAGGAGGCUUUCGAUCAAAUUAUGACAGAAAGACUAGUGUAUGAUUACGGUUAUUCCAACGAUCAGCUGACUGACGCUAUCAGAAUGCAGUACAUCGAUUGGUCGCAAGCUGAUAACGACUCUUACGAUUUCUUCCGAUCGUACGUUGACUUUGCUACCGAUUCCAGCUUCGCAUGUCCAGCCGAUCAGGUUGCACGCUAUCACGCCCAAAGCGGCGACGAUGUCUACGUGUAUCAGAUGACGCACGUACCGAGCGUGUCUUACUGGAAUUACGGCGGGUUCGGCCCGGGCUGGUUACUGGCCGGACACGCUGAAGACGUCCAGUUUGUCUUUGGUUUCCCGUUCAUUCCUGCCGCCACGGCUCUCAGGGGAGAACUCCAAGACGAUGAGAAGGCUCUGUCGGUCAAGUUCAUGGAAUUCUGGACCAAUUUCGCCAAUACUGGAAACCCUGGCGUGCAGACCCCGGGCUCCCCUCCGGACCCUCAGCGCGAUUUCUGGCCCCGGUUUACUAUCCCGGAGUUGGGGUACAAGGAACUCAGCUUGAACCUGACCUCAUCCAGGGCACUCAAGAGCGACAAGUGUCAUUUCUGGAACUCCGUCAUGGUUCAGCUCAACUCCAUGCUGGCUGAGAUGGAUGAAGCAGAGCGUGAAUGGAGGCAAGCAUUCUACACCUGGAAGUACACGGACCUGGCCGACUGGAGAAACGAGUUCGCCGAGUAUAAAGCAAUCAACAUGAAUUAAAAACAACUCUUUGUAGCUUAUAAGCUUCGUAUUAAAAAAGAAAAAAAGAAUGACGUUUCAAAUUUUGCAAUGUGAAGUUAAUAUUCAAAGUAUGCCAUAAAAAUCUAAAAUUCAAGACUUAAAACCUGUUGCAAUAAAUUGUAAAAUACAUGUA